CCGCCGGUGCAGAAGGAGCUGGUGUACAAUAAGCUGCUGCCCUACGGCGACCAGCUGGAGGCCGAGGCGGGCCGCCUCCUCGCCCAGAUCAAGAUCAACCUGAGCCGAGCCGUUCAGCUUCAGGAGCUGUGGCCCGGAGGCCUCUUCUGGACCAGGAAGCUCUCCACGUAUCUGCGGCUCUUUGGGAGAAAGUUUAGCAAAGAAGAUCAUGUUCUUUUUAUCAAGCUUUUGUAUGAGCUAGUAACAAUUCCGAAGCUGGAGAUCAGCAUGAUGCAAGGAUUUGCACGCCUCUUGAUAAAUCUGCUGAAGAAGAAAGAACUCCUUUCAAGGGAUGAUUUAGUGUUACCGUGGAGACCUCUUUAUGAAAUGCUGGAGAGGAUAUUAUACUCGAAGACAGAACACCUUGGGUUGAAUUGGUUUCCAAACUCUGUAGAAAGCGUUUUAAAAACCCUUGUGAAAAACUGUCGCCCGUAUUUUCCAGACAACGCAACAGCCGAGAUGCUAGAUGAGUGGCGGCCAUUAAUGUGUCCUUUUGACGUUACCAUGCAGAAGGCCAUCACUUACUUUGAAUUGUUUCUUCCUACCACUCUGCCUCCAGAACUUCACCACAAAGGCUUUAAACUCUGGUUUGAUGAGUUUUUGGGCCUUUGGGUUUCUGUUCAGAAUCUUCCCCAAUGGGAAGGGCAUCUUGUCAACAUUUUUGCACGCUUGGCUACUGAUAAUAUAGGCUACAUUGACUGGGACCCCUAUGUUCCAAAGAUAUUUACUAGAAUACUGCGAAGUUUGAAUCUUCCAGUGGGAAGCAACCAGGUGUUGGUUCCAAGGUUCUUAACAAAUGCUUAUGAUAUAGGCCAUGCGGUCAUGUGGAUCACAGCUAUGAUGGGGGGACCGAGUAAGCUUGUACAGAAGCACUUGUCUGGGUUAUUCAAAAGCAUUGCCUCUUUUUAUCAUCCUUCAAAUAAUGGUCGCUGGUUGAACAAGCUCAUGAAGCUACUUCAGCGGCUACCAAGUAGUGUUGUCAGAAGAGUGCAUCGUGAACGAUACAAGAAGAUGACUUGGCUUACGCCUGUGCCUGAUAGCCAUAAACUUACUGACCAGGAUAUCACAGACUUUGUAGAAUGUAUUAUUCAGCCUGUCCUCCUGGCUAUGUUUAGCAAAACUGGAAGCUUAGAGGCGGCCCAAGCUCUGCAGAACCUUGCACUAAUGCGCCCUGAGUUGGUAAUCCCACCAGUACUUGAAAAAACAUACCCUGCACUGGAGACAUUAACAGAACCUCAUCAACUCACGGCCACCUUAAGCUGUGUAAUUGGAGUCGCUCGUAGCCUGGUGUCCGGGGGCAAGUCAUUUCCUGAGGGUCCAACGCACAUGUUGCCUCUGUUGAUGAGAGCGUUGCCUGGUGUGGAUCCAAAUGACUUUAGCAAAUGCAUGAUCACAUUCCAGUUUAUCGCAACAUUUUCUACUCUUGUGCCUUUAGUAGAUUGUUCAUCUGUACUACAAGAGAGAGAUGACCUCACAGUGGUGGAGAGAGAACUGUGUUCUGCUACUGCCGAAUUUGAAGAUUUUGUACUGCAGUUUAUGGACAGAUGUUUUGGACUUAUAGAAAGCAGCACGCUGGAGCAAACAAGAGAAGAGACUGAAACAGAAAAGAUGACUCAUUUGGAGAGUCUGGUGGAAUUAGGCCUCUCUUCUACUUUCAGCACAAUUCUCACGCAGUGUUCAAAGGAGAUAUUUAAGGUUGCCUUGGAGAAGGUUUUUAAUUUUGCCAUUUCAAAUAUAUUUGAGACAAGAGUUGCUGGUCGGAUGGUCGCUGACAUGUGCCGAGCAGCUGUGAAAUGCUGUCCUGAGGAGUCUUUGAAGCUGUUUGUUCCCCAUUGCUGCAACGUUAUAGCACAUCUUACUCUCAAUGAUGAUGUCUUACACGAUGAAGAGUUAGAUAAGGAGCUCCUGUGGAACCUCCAGCUUUUGUCAGAGAUCACUCGUGUGGAUGGGAAGCAGUUGCUACCGUACAGUGAGCAGCUUGUGAAGAUUCUUCAGCGAAGCCUCCACUUAACCUGUAAGCAGGGUUACAUUCUGUCUUGUAACCUACUGCAUCAUCUUCUUCGUUCUACUACACUUAUCUACCCCACAGAAUACUGCAGUGUGCCAGGUGGUUUUGACAAGCCUCUUUCUGAAUACUUUCCUAUCAAGGACUGGGGUAAGCCUGGUGAUCUACGGAAUCUCAACAUCCAGUGGCAUGUUCCUUCAGCUGAAGAGACAGCUUUUUCUUUCUACCUGCUGGAUUCUUUUCUCCAACCAGAGCUUGACAAACUAGCACGUUUUGCAGAUGCAGAUCUUGAAAUGUCCAGAGAUGAUGUGCAGCAGUCUCUCACGAUAGUGCACAACUGCCUGAUUGGGUCGGGGAACAUUCUGCAUUCUUUGAAAGGAGAGAGAGUACCUCACCUGGUUCCAAGUCUGGUGUCUUUAGAAGAGAUCAAACUGUAUACCGGUGUUAACUAUGAUUUGUCAAGAGAGAAUUACAGGGAAACAAUUGCCAGGGUUACAAGGAAGCUCCUACAUUAUGUACUUGACCACUCGGAGGAUGAUACCAAGUCGUUGUUUCUCAUCAUAAAGAUCAUUGGUGACAUUUUACAUUUCCAAGGUUCCCAUAAGCAUGAGUUUGAUUCUCGAUGGAAAAGCUUUAAUUUGGUGAAGAAAUCAAUGGAGAACAGGCUUCAAGGAAAUAAACAGCAUAUCAGGGCGCUGCUGAUUGACAGAGUCAUGUUGCAGCACGAGCUGAGAACACUCACUGUUGAAGGUUGUGAAUAUAAAAAGGUACACCAGGACUUGAUCAGAGACCUUCUGCGUUUGUCUACAAGUUCGUACGGCCAGGUCAGAAACAAAGCUCAGCAUGCAUUCUUCACAGCCCUGGGGACUUACAACUUCUGUUGCAGGGAUAUUAUUCCUUUGGUUUUGGAAUUUUUACAGCCGGAGGCACGCAGCGUCACCCAGAAGCAGUUUAAAGGUGCCUUGUAUUGCCUUCUUGGCAAUCACAGUGGAGUGUGCUUAGCGAAUCUUCACGACUGGGACUGCAUUGUGCAAACCUGGCCCGCAGUAGUCUCUUCUGGACUUAGCACAGCAAUGUCUCUGGAAAAACCCUCUAUAGUCAGGCUAUUUGAUGACCUUGCAGAGAAGAUCCAUCGGCAGUAUGAAACGAUAGGACUGGAUUUUGAAGUUCCAGAGAAAUGUAUUGAGGUGGCUGUUCAGAUGCAGAAAUUGGUGUAUCCGCACAACGGCUGGACACCGCUUAGUCCAGAGGAGAUUCAGUUGGGAAUGCAGCGGCAGAAAGAAAGGAAUGCAGAGGCCUCACAAAAUUACGAAAACUUGGUUAGCAAGCUGUUAGAUUGUGUGGAUCAAAGAAAUCUCCCUUGGAAGUUUGAGCACAUUGGUGUUGGUUUUCUGUCCCUGCUAUUGAGAGAUGACAGAGUGCUGCCUGUCAGAGCCAUAAAAUUCUUUGUGGAAUGUCUCAACCAUGAUGCACUUGUGGUCCGCAAGAUGGCGAUUUCUGCUGUGGCUGGCAUCCUCAAGCAGUUGAAGAGGCCUCAUAGGAAGGUGUCAAUAUGCCCUUUCCAAAUAAGUGGAGCUUCUCAGCCUUCUGACAACCAGGCUGGUGACAGGCCCGAUAACCAGUGGUUGCAUUAUGAAAGUGCCAGUUUACCAAAGACGAAAAAAGCUUGGGAGUCCUGUCGUUUUGUGGAGAAAACGCAUUGGGGAUAUUACACUUGGCCUCAAAACAUGGAGAUUUAUGCUUCUGCAGAGCAACAGCCAAAGCUUGGACGGAAUAGAAAUGAGCUUUCAGAGGCAGAGCAAGUAAUCUAUGAUCACUUUUCUGAUCCAAAAUUUGUUGAGCAGUUAAUCAAGUUCCUUUCUUUAGAAGACAGAAAGGGAAAAGAUAAAUUUAACCCACGCAGAUUUUGCCUCUUCAAGGGCCUAUUUAGAAACUUCGAUGAUGCCUUCUUGCCAGUACUGAAGCCUCACUUAGAACGACUAGCCGUAGAUUGCCACGAAAGUCCCCAGCGAUGCGUAGCUGAAAUUAUAGCUGGUUUGAUAAGAGGGUCUAAACACUGGACAUUUGAAAAGGUGGAGAACCUCUGGAAGCUUCUAUGUCCCCUUCUUAGAACAGCUUUAUCCAACAUUACAGUGGAGACUUACAAUGACUGGGGGACAUGUAUAGCAACUUCUUGUGAGAGCAGAGACCCCCGGAAGUUGCAUUGGUUGUUUGAACUGUUGUUGGAGUCUCCUUUGAGUGGUGAAGGGGGAUCAUUUGUUGAUGCAUGUCGACUGUAUGUCCUGCAAGGGGGCCUUGCACAGCAGGAGUGGCGGGUUCCGGAGCUGCUGCACAAAUUGUUGAAGUACCUGGAACCGAAACUCACCCAGGUUUACAAAAACGUCAGAGAGAGGAUAGGAAGCGUUUUGACAUAUAUCUUCAUGAUAGAUGUCUCCUUACCAAACACUGCCCCAACAAAGUCCCCCCAUGUCCACGAGUUCACUUCCCGAAUACUUGAAAAACUCAAACCCCUUAUGGAAGUGGAUGAGGAAAUUCAGAAUCACAUUAUGGAAGAGAAUGGGGUUGGAGAUGAAGACGAGCGGACUCAGGGCAUUAAACUCUUGAAAACCAUUCUCAAGUGGCUGAUGGCAAGCGCGGGAAGGGCCUUCUCCACAGCUGUUACUGAACAGCUUCAGCUCCUGCCAUUGUUCUUCAAGAUUGCUCCGGUAGAAAAUGAUAAUAGCUACGAUGAACUGAAGAGAGAUUCCAAGAUGUGCUUAUCAUUAAUGUCUCAGGGAUUGCUGUAUCCUCAACAAGUGCCUUUGGUUCUACAGGUGCUAAAACAAACAUCAAGGAGUAGUUCCUGGCAUGCUAGGUACACAGUGCUAACCUACCUCCAGACCAUGGUAUUUUAUAAUCUUUUUAUCUUCCUAAACAAUGAAGAAGCAGUAAAUGAUAUCCGAUGGCUUGUUAUAAAGCUACUAGAAGAUGAACAGCUUGAGGUGAGAGAGAUGGCUGCCACUACGUUGAGCGGCCUGCUACAGUGCCAUUUUCUGGUGAUGGAUGACCCCAUGCAGACUCACUUUGAGCAGCUCUGCAAGAGGAGACUCCCAAAGAAGAGAAAGCGAGACCUCAGCACUGUAGUGGAUACUAUUCCCCCUGCAGACUUAGUUAAGCGCCAUGCUGGUGUUCUCGGACUUAGCGCAUGCAUUCUCUCCAGUCCUUACGAUGUACCCACAUGGAUGCCUCAACUUUUGAUGAAUCUUAGUGCGCACCUGAAUGAUCCUCAGCCUAUUGAAAUGACAGUAAAGAAAACGCUGUCCAACUUCCGUAGGACCCACCAUGACAACUGGCAGGAGCACAAGCAACAGUUCACCGAUGACCAGCUGCUCGUCCUUACUGACCUCUUGGUAUCACCUUGCUAUUAUGCAUAAGAAGGUUCUUAGAAAAACGAGGGCCUACUCCCGUUUCUGAAAAAAUAAAUAAAGGAAACUCAAAACUAAUUUAUUGUAUUGUAGAACCCUUUUAGAUCUGGUGACUGAGGCUUAAGGCUGUUCUUGUUUUUG